GGAGGCUCAGACCUGCGGCCGAAGAGGUCACGGUGUGCACACUACGCCACCCUUCCUCGCCUAGGAUGCCUGGUGGACUGGACGAGCCUCCUCACCUUGCUGUGCGCUCCCCAGGCAAGUGGAUUGGGUCUUCCCAUCUGGGGCUGUUGUGAAUGGCCUGAGAAGACGAAUAUGAAUUUGGAUUCCAUUCACCGGCUAAUUGAGGAAACGCAAAUCUUCCAGAGGCAGCAGCCAUCCCCGAAACCACCCGGUGCCAUGGCGGCGCCUGCCUCGUCCCCUGGGGAGACCCGUCACCCCUGCUGGCCCCUGCAUGGCCUCCAGGCUCGCAGCACCUGCGCGCACUGGCGCAGCCCCAGCGAGUGGGACCUCUGUGAAGAGCUGCGCCAGCGCGAACUGCAGGAAGUCAAAGCCCGAGCAGCUCAGAUGGAGAAGACCAUGCGCUGGUGGUCGGACUGCACCGCCAACUGGAGAGAAAAGUGGAGCAAAGUUCGAGCUGAGAGGAACAGCGCCAGGGAGGAAGGGAGGCAGCUCCGAGUAAAACUGGAGAUGACCAUGAAAGAGUUGAGUUCGCUCAAAAAGAAACAGAGCGCACCACAGGCACCGGGGACACGAGAAGCUGAGCUCAGCCGGGACCUGAAGACGUCCACGCUCUUGGGCGCAUCCCGCGUGCGCAGAGGCCAAAGUCAGGUGCGCGGGCAGGAAGAAGAUUUGGUUAUUGAUACUCUAAGAAUAGAUGAAGAGCUUAAGCUCAACCUAGAUCAUCCCGAUGCGUUCAAAGAUGGUGGUUCUGAAAACUCUACAGUGAAAUCUGGAUUAAGACUUCAAGAGGAAAAUCUGCCUUUGGAGAAUGAAGUGCCUGAAGUUUCAGCUUUGCAGGGGCAGUUGGAUGAAUUCCAAAAAGUCUUAAGGAAGGAAAGAGAAACACGCUCGUCUUUGGAGAAAGAAAUAGUGCGGCUAGAAACAGCUUUGUCUGUGUGGAAACUCAGGUAUGAAGAACUGAAAGAAUCGAAGGCCGAGACCGUGAAUGAGCUUAAUAUUCCAUAUGGCCAACAUAAAAAUGAUGUUGAAGAAAUGUCAUCAGGAACAAAGGAAGGGUUCAAAUCUCAAAUCAGCAAGGAUAGAGUGGUCUGUGAAUUACAAACAGAGGAACCAUUGGAACUUCAGCUUGCCUACCACACGCUAAGCAGACAAUGCGAAGCAAAAAUAGCAGAACUGAGGGAGGCGAACAACCGCAUGGAGCAAAAUGAAGCAGAAGUAAAGAAACUGAGAUUUCAAGUGGAAGAACUCACACAGAGACUCGGCCAAAAGGAAGCUGAGCUUGAUGUUUCCCUGCACCAGAUCCAUAAACUCCAGAGAGCUUUGGAUGAACAGAAAGAAAUGAAUGAGAACUUGGAAACUGAACUCAGGCACUUACAAAACCGAUGAUGCCAUCAGCUACAGGCCUACCAUCCUGCAACAUCAAAAAGUGGAGCGGAAAAGCUUAAAUGCUGUGCCUGUUGGGAUCGCGCCCUGGUGUGGCCCUACUUCUAUCUUGGGGAACGGUCACCUUCGCCUCCCUGAGGUAUAAAUCACGGUGUCAGGUGACGCUGCUUUUCCAUACACAGGCUUCUCUCAGCCAGCUCACUGCUUCAGCGAAAUUAUCAGUUGCAUGUUGAGUUUCUCCUGCACAAUGAUUUACAUUAGUUUCUCAAUCACUAACUUAUCUCAUUUUUUGUGGUAUAUCCUGGUAAUAUCACAUGUCAUUAUUUUAAUCCCUUUAUCCCGUCUGGAAAAGAAAAUAUGUCCUAGCUUGUGGACUUAUCAUAUGUAUAUACCAUUUAAAUGACCUGUUUAUAAUAUCACUUUAAAAGCAGGAUAUCCGUGACUGUGUGUGUGUUUACAUAUAUGUGUGGCUAUGGAGAUAUAUAUGUACUUCUAUAUGUAUAUAAUAAAAGUGCUUAUUGGGAGACGUAUGGGUGCCUCUUUUCUUGCCUCCCACUGCAUCACAUGAGGCUGAGAUGAGCUCAUCCAGGGGUGUUUCUGGAAGCUGUCUCCAGCUCCGCUUGCCAAACCUAGACUUGUCUACAUACAAUACUCUACUAGCAACAUUCCCCAAAGCCUUAUUUACGUGGUCCAGUUUAAGGACAGAAGUGCGUUCUGGCUUUGCCUGGUCACCACGUACACUGCCUGCGGUGGGUGUGAAACCUGCCAGAUGAGAUGGGCUCACCUCACUGCCAGCGUGCAGUGGAUCUCAACAGCGACCCUCAUGUAAUCUACUGCGUCCGGCGGGCUCCGAGGGUGGGGUAGUGCCCGUGUCGUGCAGCAGUCAAGUGUUGUAUCACGUGUUCAGGACUUGCCCAGGACCGUAAGUAGAUGAUGGCACAUGCGAUUGCUCAGCCUCUGUCCAGGGGCCACUCCCAGCCCUCUGCUGUGCUGCGGCCCUGGCCCCUGCCAAGGAGACAUCAUACUUGGAGAAGAGCAGGACAUGUAUUUGUGUGUGCGCUGCGCCAGAGCCACCGUGACCACUGAAUUAAGGGAAUCUGCUUUUGAUUCAGAAGAUACUGUAAUUGCGCAACUAUCCUGUCAUUGAUCAAUUUCUGGACUUCAGAUCUUACCUAAGAUUUUGUCUUCUCUAUGGCUUUUCGACCUACACAAUUCACAUUUAAUAAUGGAAUCUAUAAAAUGUAUAUAGUCUUUCAAUAGAUUGCAUAAUGUCUAAAGUUUAAAGUUGUCAGUGUUACGAUCUAAGCAGGAUGGAAGUAUGUUUGAUUAGUAACAUCAAUAAAUUGCAGGCUA